UACCAUACACACUCUCGCCCACGCCGUUUCCUCCAAACCGCAACAAAAAUGUCGCCGGCCACCGCCAAGGACGACCCCGCCUCUGCCGCAGCCGGGGACGUCUCCCCGGCGGAGGCGCGCCUGGCCAUGAUGGAGCUCGCUAACAUGAUUUCCGUCCCCAUGGCUCUCACCGCCGUCAUCCGCCUCGGCGUCCCCUCCACCGUCUGGGCCGGCGGAGCCAACGCACCGCUCUCAGCGGCCGAGAUCCUCCCCGCGGACCACCCGGACCCCUCCGUCCUCGAGCGCCUCCUUCGCCUGCUCGCCUCCCGCGGCGUCUUCUCCGAGCACGCCGGCUCCCCGCGCCGGUUCGCGCUGACAGCGGUGGGGCGCACCCUGGUGCCCGGCCCCUCGGGCGCGUCGUACGCGGACUACGUGCUGCAGCACCACCAGGACGCGCUGGUGGCGGCGUGGCCGCGCCUCCACGAGGCCGUGCUCUACCCUGCCGGCCCCGAGCCAUUCGCACGCGCCAAUGGCGGCGUCCCCGCAUACGCCUACUACGGCAAGGACAGGGAGGCGAACGAGGUGAUGCUCCGGGCGAUGAGGGGGGUGUCGGAGCCCUUCAUGGAGGCGCUGCUGGACGGCUACGCGGGCGGCUUCGACGGCGUGGGCACGCUGGUGGACGUCGGGGGCAGCUCCGGGGCGUGCCUCGAGAUGAUAAUGCGGAGGGUCGGCACCAUCAAGGAGGGGCUCAACUUCGACCUGCCCGACGUCGUCGCCGCCGCGCCGCCCAUCGCCGGAGUAAGGCAUGUUGGUGGAGACAUGUUCAAGUCCAUCCCCUCCGGUGACGCCAUCUUUAUGAAGUGGGUUCUGACGACAUGGACGAACGACGAGUGCACGGCGAUCCUCAACAACUGCUACAAUGCACUGCCGGACGGAGGGAAGCUGAUCGCCUGCGAACCUGUGGUGCCGGAGAAGACGGACACCAGCGUGAGGACGAGGGCGCUACUGGAGAACGACAUCUUCGUCAUGACCACCUACCGGACCCAAGGGAGGGAGCGGUCCGAGGAGGAGUUCCGGCAGCUCGGCCUCGCCGCAGGGUUCACCGGCUUCCGUGCCAUCUACCCGGACCCGUUCUAUGCUCUUCUGGAGUACAAGAAAUGAUCUCAAGUUCUCGAGUGAAAGAUUGUGUCUCUCUUGUGACCAUUGAGUUGAAUAACAACAUACAAUAAUGCCCGAGUUGAAGUUCAAGUUGGAAGUACUUCAGUU